GUCAACAAUAACGAGAUAAAAAGCGCACCUUGGAACACACGUGGCCUAAAUAACGAUCUUUUUUCUUAAGACGCCAUCGCACCAACAGGACAACAUGAAGUCCGCCGCCGUGGUUCUUGCCGUUCUCCUGGCAUAUCAGUGCCUGGCUGGCCGACCCCCACCCCGCCGCCAGGUGCCCCUGGUUCGGACUGGCCAUGGCGGCUGGUCUCUGAGCCAGGCCUCCAAGCCUAGCAACGUGAACGACAGGGACAUGUGCAAGUUCUGCGUGGAUUUUGCAUAUGACGCUAUCGAAACGAUUGGAGAGGCCAUUCUCCAGGGUGGCCUAACGCAAGGCUGUGAAAAACUGUGUUCAAUCGUUGCCAACAAAACCGGCAGCGAGGCGGUGGAAGUAGCCUGUGACACGUUGUGUUUCCUCGUCGGCUUUGAUGAGUUCGUCCAUGCAUUUAACAAGGCUGACGUGGACCCGAUCUACUACUGCGAGUUGCUGAAGCAGUGCCCGAUAGUCGACAACGGCGAUGCGACAAUCACCAAUCUAACCGUCACUCCCAAGUCUGGGCCACAAGGAGAUUUUCUCAUCGACAUGGAGUACGAGACGAAGAACGGCACGGGGACAGGCGAGCUGCUGAUUCACAUCGACCCUGCGGAUCAUGGCCUUCAGAUAGGUGCGUCCUUCCUGAACGAGCCCCAGGACCCAGGGACGUACGACGCACAGAUCACGCUGCAUGCAGUGCCGGACCCAGACUGCGUGUUCCCUUGCCAAAGUUUUGAGCCGGGCGUUUACAACGUCACUAUGCAUAUCUGCAAUGGCCAGUGUAUGAGCCAGCAUCCCCACAGCAAGAUUUAUGAUAAGAAGAAGACUAACUUCACCAUCACUGGACCAGCACCAACAGAUCCGCCACGGCUGUAAGAAACAAACUAAUAAACGUUACGCUGACUCCCACUUGCGCUGCUUGCCUGGCCUCAAUACGAUUGUCAAAGUUACGAAAUAAACCUGGCUACCUCGCCUAUCGCAAUUUACCAAGCACUGAAGAGCAUUGUCAUUUCAGGCUCAUUGAAACGACCACCUGUUACUUGAAUGGAACGACAGUGAAAUUGAGUUCGUCAUUUGAUUAGUAUCUGUUUGCUUUGUUUCGUCUACUUUUUUUUGCUUUCCCUAUGUCUGUAAGUGUGUACUCACUGUUGAUAAACUCUUGGUGGUCACUUUAUAUCAAGACUGAUUAAAGUCCCUUUCUUCUAUCGUUGAACUUCGAAGAUGAAUAAAUGAAUAAAAGCGAAUACAUC